ACGGACAGACAUAUUUCAUAUCUUAUAGUGUCUGAUAUAUAUAUACAUACACGUAUAGAUACACACUUCACUCUCUGUCUCCCCCAUUUUCUCUGCAACUUUUUCACCAGUCUCGAGAAAUGAGAUCAUAUUUGUAGAUUUCAGCCAUCUGGGUCCUUCACAUUUUGCUCAUUCUACAACCCCAUCUCGGAAUCUUGGAUUUUUUUCACUGAUUUCUCAUCUGGGUCGCCGGAAUUUGAGAAAUGGCGCCGUCGUUCGAGUGGUGGGCUAAAGAAACCCACAGAGGGACGCCGGUGGUUGUGAAGAUGGAGAAUCCGAAUAACUGGGCCAUGUUGGAGCUUGAGUCCCCUUCUGAUGACGAUUUUCUCGCGCCGGAGACUGCCGGAAAUGGGAAUUCCGGCAGCACGAAAUCCAAAUCUCGCCGGAAUAAAAAUGCCAAACAGCUCACUUGGGUUCUCCUGCUUAAAGCCCACAAAGCUGCUGGUUGUUUGACUUCAAUUGCUUCUGCAUUGUUUAGUCUUUCCUCCGCCGUGCGCCGCCGUAUUGCCGCCGGAAAAACGGACUCCGAUGAGUCUGAAAGGCCAGUUGUGAAAUCAAGGUUUUAUAAAUGUAUAAAGGUGUUUCUUUGGUUAUCUGUUUUGUUAUUAGGUUUUGAGAUAGUUGCUUAUUAUAAAGGCUGGCAUUUAGGUAAACCAGAUCUUCAGUUAGAGUAUUUAUAUACAUUAACAAGGCCAUCAGGGCUGAAAGAUGCAUUUGAUUUGCUUUAUUCCAGUUGGGUUUCGAUUAGGGUUGAUUAUCUUGCUCCCCCUCUUCAAUUCCUUGCCAAUUCUUGUAUUAUACUUUUUCUUAUCCAGAGUUUGGAUAGGUUAGCUUUGUGUUUGGGUUGUUUUUGGAUUAAAUUUAAGAAGAUUAAGCCAGUUUUGAAACAAGGGUUAGAAGAUCUUGAAGCUGGUGAUGGUACUGGUGGUUACUUCCCUAUGGUUCUUGUCCAGAUCCCCAUGUGUAAUGAAAAAGAGGUUUAUCAGCAGUCUAUAGGAGCAGUGUGUAACUUGGAUUGGCCAAAAUCUAAAUUGCUUAUUCAAGUUUUAGAUGAUUCGGAUGAUCCAACUACACAGUUGUUGAUCCAAGAUGAGGUUUCUAAGUGGCACAAAGAGGGUGCAAACAUUUUGUAUCGGCAUAGGGUGAAUAGAGAAGGGUAUAAAGCUGGAAAUCUCAAGUCUGCGAUGAAUUGUAGUUAUGUUAAGGACUAUGAAUUUGUUGCCAUUUUCGAUGCCGAUUUUCAGCCCAACCCUGAUUUUCUUAAGAAAACUGUUCCACAUUUUAAGGAUAAUGAGGAGUUAGGGUUGGUCCAGACAAGAUGGUCCUUUGUAAACAAGGAAGAAAACCUGUUGACGAGGCUCCAAAAUAUUAAUUUGGCAUUUCAUUUUGAAGUAGAACAACAGGUGAAUGGGAUUCUACUCAAUUUCUUCGGAUUUAAUGGAACGGCUGGGGUGUGGAGGAUCAAAGCCUUAGAAGAGUCCGGUGGUUGGUUAGAGAGGACCACAGUUGAGGACAUGGACAUCGCAGUCCGAGCUCAUCUCCAUGGAUGGAAAUUCAUCUUCCUUAAUGAUGUUGAGUGUCAAUGUGAACUGCCGGAGUCUUAUGAGGCAUACAGGAAACAACAGCACAGAUGGCAUUCUGGUCCGAUGCAGUUGUUUCGUCUCUGUUUGCCUGAUAUAAUCCGUUCAAAGAUAAGCUUAUGGAAAAAGUUCAAUAUGAUAUUCCUCUUCUUCCUUUUAAGAAAAUUAAUACUUCCAUUUUACUCUUUCACUCUAUUUUGCAUAAUCCUUCCAAUGACUAUGUUCAUACCGGAGGCUACGCUCCCAGCAUGGGUUGUUUGUUAUAUACCAGCAACCAUGUCAUUUCUUAACAUACUCCCAGCCCCAAAAUCUUUUCCUUUCAUUGUCCCUUACCUUCUAUUCGAGAACACAAUGUCAGUAACCAAGUUCAAUGCCAUGAUUUCUGGUUUAUUUCAACUAGGAAGUGCAUACGAAUGGGUAGUUACCAAGAAAUCUGGACGCUCCUCAGAAGGAGAUCUCGUUUCCUUAGUUGACAAAGACCCAGAAAAAAAGCCUCUAAGGGGCAACUCAUUGCCAGAUUUAGAUGAAAUGCGAGGAGAAAUUGAAAAGGAAAUCAAGAAGGAGCAGAUGGCUUCUAAGAAGGUAAAACACAACAGACUAUACACGAAAGAGCUCGCACUAGCUUUUCUUCUCUUGACAGCUUCAGCCCGAAGCCUGCUGUCUGCCCAGGGAAUCCAUUUCUACUUCUUACUCUUUCAAGGGGUUUCAUUUCUACUGGUCGGACUUGAUUUGAUUGGCGAGCAGGUUGCUUAAAGGAGCAUUGGUAGGCUUUGCAGGGAUUACAUUGUAAAGAAAGCUAUUCUGGCUUUUGUAGAUAUUGAAUUGAAGAUCAAACACGGAAAUGAACUUUGUCGAUGAGUGAGUUAACACCCUGUCUUCCUCGUUCAAACUCUGGUUCUGAUUCCAGCAACUUCUGGUUGGACAUGCAGCAGAAUGAUCAAAUACCAGUGCACAGAAAUGGAGGUAGAUGAUUUUAUAUGAAAAUUCGAUAAUUAGUAGCCAGUCUUGUGAUUUCAUUUGUACUUACUAUUGAAAAUCCACAGUUCUACGUUUCAGCCAUUCAUUCGUUUUUUAGACUAUUCUUUUGUAAGAACACAAGCUAUUUCAAAUGUGUGCAGUUUCAGAUCA